AUGGCACGACGAAUAUUCGACGGGAGACCCGCUUUUGGUGAAAACGCAGAACGGCAAUAUCCCUUGGAAACUGGCGACCAUUCCGGAAUGCGCUUCAGCAAAGCUGUCGACGGGAUUCCCGUGUUGAGGAGGAAUCAGCCGGACGCUGAAAGGAUGACCAGCAGCACCCGUUGUACACUUCCGACAAUCAUCAGUCUUGAUAUUGCAUUCGCAAAAGUCGGCACCACUGAGGAUUUCUCGAUAAGGAUUAUUGGCGCCUACCUUUCGACCCGAAACCAGGAGGUCGACCUUGAGGCCGAUCGUCAAGCUUAUUUCACCCGUCAGAUCGCCUUCAAAGAUGUGACGAAAGCGGUCUCCUACAAAUUUGCUGCAAUCCCCCACAUCGACCUUCGACUUCCCUCCGAUUUCUUCUAUCCCAUUAUGCCCAACCCUGCUUCUUCCGCAAGUGCAAAAAAGAAGAAGGGCCAGACGGGCACAGCUGCGGUCGCCAAGAAUGCGAAGGCGAACCCGAAGGCCCCCGCUGCUACUUCGCUUCAAAAGAAGGGCGGACUGCCAGGCAAAGUCCCGAGCGGUACGCGCGUUGUUGAGCAGAAGAAGCCCUCGCCAUCUCCGGCUGGUCAACGUGCCUUGCCAAAGAACAAAGAUGUCACCCACAGCAAUUCGGCCGGGCUGUUGGCCGCCGAAAAGUCGAAGCGAAAGGAAGGAAAGAAAAAGGAUGCUGGCCCGGAAGACAAGCAGAAGAAGGGACCAGUGAUGAAGAAAGGCUCCGAGCGAGACAAAAAGCCAAAGACGUCGACAAGCAGUUCGAAGGGCAAAAAGAAGAAGACACUGGAGGAGGGCGGUCAGAAGAAGGCAAAGGGGGUCGAGCUCGUCAAGGAAAAGGAGCCGGCGAUGGAUCCGACGCAAGAAGAUCACACACGAGUCGACCCUGAUCUCAUCACCGCCGUCGACUUUGAAUUCGAGCAAUCGUACAAGAAAAUGCAAGAGUCAUUCCCGGAAGAUUCGCGUCGACUUCGCGACCGGAAGAAGCGCCUCCGCCCCCAGAAUACCCAGACGAAUUCGGUGACGCUGGAGGAUUUGCUUGGAGAGAAGCAGAAGAAGAAGAAGAGAGAGCAGGAUGGCGAGAACCAGAAGCCGAAGAAGAUGUACGCCUCGUACGUUGGAGCUUCUGGUGCUCAGAUCAGGACUUGGUCCUUCACGGACAGUCGCCCGAUCAAUGGGACUGCCCUCCCCGAAUAUGGCGAUCCGUUCCAGCAGCUAAUAAUUGGAUGCUUCCGUGACGAGUGUCCGAUGCGUGCCGGCGUCGCUCCGCCCUGUCCCACCACGGCAACGUCGAUCAGCAGCUCCGGCCAGUCGAUCACCAUCCAGCCCUCAUGCCAGACGCCUUCGUCGGCACGUUCGCACGGCCACACGCAGCGGAUCCACGGACACAGCGAUCGUGGCCCCUACAAGCAGACGGUUCGUGAGCUCGACGUCAUCGAUACGGAAUACGCGGGCGAGGACGCCGCUAAGAAAGUGCCGAUUGUCGAGAAGCCGCUGGGGUUCGAGGCGAUCAGCCGGCAGAUGCGGGACCUCACUCUGCAGAUUGACUCGGUGGCCGCUGAAGUGACCAGCCUGACCAAGGUGUUUAAUGGAAAGCCGAUGACGACGAUGGCCGUCAAG